AUGGAUGAUAUUACGGAUUAUUUUGCACCUUUAAUUCAUAAGGUGGAAUUUGAAUCCGAUGCAAUUGAUCAACUUGUCAUGGUGCUUAAAAACUCGGAACGGCAAGACAUGUUGGUGAGAAUAGGAUUAUGCCGUAAGAUGGUUACGAUGUUAUCAAAGAUGUUGGGAACCAAAGUCGACGUUAUUAAAGGAUUAAUUAAAAGGUGUGACGAUAAAUUAUUGGUUAAUGAUAGCGAUAAAAAUGGACCUGGAGAUGUGAGCCUCUACCUGGGUGAUAUUCAAGAUCAUCUUAUCACUAUGUUGCAGAAUCUUAAUCAUUAUGAAACAAUGUUGUCACGUGCACAUUCCAACUAUCUUGCUCAAAUAUCAAUUGAAAUCACACAAUUGAGUAACAAGACUAAUGAAGUUUUAAAUCGAAUGACUGUUUUUGGUACCAUUUUGUUACCAAUGAAUGUUAUUACAGGUUUGUUUGGAAUGAAUGUUCAAGUACCUGGUCAAAAUGUCGAAAAUGUUGCAUGGUUUUUCAGUAUAUUUAGUGUGCUUAUUGCAAUCGGAGUAUUUGGAACUGUUUUAUUCAGAAAGGAGGAAUAA